UAGGCUGUACAGGACCGAUAUAUCGUCGAAUCGCCUGGUAGUACAUGCCUUCCAGCACGGAAAGUAAACAUUGGAUGAAUUUCGAGCAUAUUAUUUAUAAUGGUUAUGUUAGUGGCACGUCAGUGGGAACAAAUGCAUGAUUGGAACUGAGGGAUUUUACUCGGCAUUGUGAUGUAAGAAGACUGAUGAAUAAUUGUGCCUCACUAACAACUUAAGAAAAGACAUUUUGGUGAAGAAAGUCUUAAGUUGGACGGAGCAUUCCGCGUUGUGUAUGGAACUGACUAAAUAACGUCUUCUGUGGAUUUCUUGUCGAAUGAUAGUGACUAAAUUACGUCUUCUGUGGACGCCUCGUUGUGUGAUAGUUACUUAAUAAAGUCUUCUGUGGACUCUUCGUUGCCUGAUACUGACUGCAUAACGUCUUCUGUGGACACAUCGUUGUAUGAAAUUAAAUAAAUCACGUCUUCGGUGCAAUUUUCCAUCUUCUCACGCAAGUUGAACGAAGGGCUCCAUAGAACCUAUUUUACAUGGCAACACAAGGGCACCAUUUCCAGGCCUUAGAGAUGUCAGAGGGCAACGGGGACGCGCGAAAAAGGGUCCAGGACCCUAAUGAUCCCGGCCCUGGAUACAUAACAGGGGGCAGCAGCAGCGACGACAGCGGCAGUCUCGGUUGCUGUGGUUACGUGUUGUGGUUCCUCUCCCUGUUGAUCAUCAUUGUUACACUGCCAUUCUCGCUGUGCCUUUGCAUCAAGGUGGUUCAGGAGUACGAACGCGCAGUUAUCUUCAGGUUGGGGCGUCUGCUUUCAGGAGGAGCCAAGGGACCAGGUCUAUUUUUCAUCGUCCCAUGCAUAGACUCGUACACGAAGGUAGAUCUGCGGACAGUCUCCUUUGAUGUCCCUCCGCAGGAAGUGCUGACCAAGGACUCGGUAACGGUGGCGGUGGACGCUGUGGUCUACUACCGUGUACACAACGCCACCACCUCCAUCACGAACGUCGAGGACGCCAACCGCUCGACGCGCCUCUUGGCGGCAACCACGCUGCGCAACGUGCUGGGAACCAAGAACCUUAGCGAGAUCCUGGCGGACAGGGAGGCCAUCAGCCAUCAGAUGCAGACGUCCCUUGACGAGGCCACGGGCCCCUGGGGUGUGAAGGUGGAGCGAGUGGAAGUGAAGGACGUGCGGCUGCCAGUUCAGCUACAGCGCGCUAUGGCUGCGGAGGCGGAGGCCGCUCGUGAGGCUCGAGCCAAGGUGAUAGCAGCGGAGGGCGAACAGAAGGCGUCGCGGGCCCUCAAAGAGGCUGCUGACGUCAUAGCGCAGUCCCCGGCCGCCAUUCAGCUGCGUUACCUGCAGACGCUGAACACAAUAUCGGCGGAGAAGAACUCCACCAUCAUAUUUCCGCUUCCUAUCGACUUCAUGCAGUCCUUUAUCAAUAGAAACAAUAGUAAAUAGACUGCGAUUUAGAUAACGCGAGUGAGCAUUUAUCAUUGAAUAAGUUGCGUUCUAGUAAAACUGGACAUAACCCAUGUGAAGACCGCACAGGCUUAUCAGAGGCGACACUUUCUGCUUUAAUAGUAUUUUCGUUUAAAGGAAGUUUCUUAUUAGCGUGCAUUAACGUAAGAUGCAUUAAAACCAGUUUUCCCAGAACGCGGCUCGAACAACCUGCGGACAUUCAUUGAAAACUAGUCCUUGCUGGUCGAAUUCGAUACAUCAUAAAACAGCGAGAAGCUUAGAGCUUAUAAAACCUCUUGCUUGCCACAGACAUUAUUCAUUUUCAUGAACUAGGGAUACUUCAUCCAAUAGUAAGUGUAUGGUAUACAUGGGACACAGCAACGUAUUCAAAGAACGCUCUGUUGUCAUUUCUCCAUUAUAAAUAUCUUCUCAGUUACAAACGGCGCCUUUUACAUGGCAUUGGUUUCUACUCGAGCGUUUCAUACCAUCAAACGCCUCACUAUACCGCAUCCCAUCUCAGUAUCGAGCGUUUCAUACCAUCAAACGCCUCUCUAUACCGCAUCUCAUCUCAUUAUCGAGCGUUUCAUACCAUCAAACGCCUCUCUAUACCGCAUCUCAUCUCAUUAUCGAGCGUUUCAUACCAUCAAACGCCUCUCUAUACCGCAUCUCAUCUCAGUAUCGAGCGUUUCAUCCAUCAAACGCCUCUCUAUACCGCAUCUCAUCCCAGUAUCAAGCAUUUCAUGCCAUCAAACGCCUCUCUAUACCGCAUCUCAUCUCAGUAUCGAGCGUGUCAUACCAUCAAACGCCUCUCUAUACCGCCUCUCUAUACCGCAUCUCAUCUCAGUUCCAUACAAUCGUCUGCUACAUCGGGUCGGUUUUCUUCUUGAAAACUUCAUGCAAUUAAAGGCCCUGCAUACAAUAUCACAUCUCAUUAUCCUAUUGCACGAGGUCGCCUCAAAAUGGGAUUGGUUUGUAGCGAAAUUUUCAAUGCCAUUAAAGGCCUUUUUCAUACCGCAACUCAGAUUAGUUCCAUGAAGUCAACAUGGGAUUGGUUUCACCCGGAACGCUUGCUGUCAUUAUUGCAGUUACGAUAUUCAUACAGUGGGUUCAUACUCUUAUGUGUGAACUUUAUAUAUCGCAACCAAAUGAAACUAUAAAGACAUAAUCGAUAACUUUAAAUUCAUUGUUGUAUACUAGUGUUAACUUGUGUGGUGUUUUUUUAACUGUACUUUCAUGGUCAUAAGUUUCGAUCAAUUUAGGUUGUAUUAAAUCCAAUCUCAAUGUAGGAAAAACUCCGAAUCUAUAACUCUUUUUGUACAGAUCGAGAUACUUGAUGCAUUAUUAAUUAUUGAAAUGUUAUUAUAUUGUCAAACAAUAAUUGGAUAUUGAUGUAUUCCAUUCGUUUAAGUUACUUCUGUUCAUUUGACCGUUUAAAAAGUUACGCGUGGUGGAUGUAUUGUAUACAGCGCCUGAUCUUGCCUCGGUUCGGCUUUUCUAUGUACCGUAUAUCGUCUAUACAAGUACUGGUAACUUGAAAAUGUGCUCAUUUUCAGUGAUAAUAAUACAUGUUUGUAAAGAUACAUUAUCUUUUUUUUAAUCAGUAUCUUUUUAAUAUCAUUAUUUCUUUCAAUAUUUAACUCUGAUACUUUUUGUACGGUUGUAGUGAAAUAUUUUUUUAAACGAUGUUGCUAGGUUUGUAUGUUCGUGUAUCAAUGAAGUUUAUGUAUAUUUGCGUAUUAAUCGUAUAUCCAUAUUUACUUUAUUGCUGCAGCAUUAU